GGUUGAAUUGAAGUGAAACCAAGGAAAGGAAGGAUGGUAGCAAUGAUGGGUUGGGGGGUUGCAGAACAACAAGGAUGGAGGAAAGGUCCUUGGACACCAGAGGAAGACAAGCUGCUCAAUGCAUAUGUCAACUUCCAUGGAGAGGGAAGAUGGAGUUGUGUGGCUAAGUGUGCAGGUUUGAACAGGAGUGGCAAAAGUUGCAGACUUAGAUGGGUGAAUUAUCUUAGGCCUGGAUUAAAGAGAGGCCACAUAACACCUCAGGAACAAGGCAUCAUUAUUGAAUUGCAUGCUUUAUGGGGUAACAAAUGGUCUACCAUUGCUAGAUACUUGCCAGGAAGAACAGACAAUGAGAUAAAGAACUUCUGGAGAACUCAUUUCAAAAAGAAAGAGAAAUGCACUCUGAAGCAAGAGAAACGAAAAGCUCAAAUUCUUCUAGCAAAACAACAACAACAACAGGAGCAGCAGCAACAACAACAACUGCAGGAAGAUCAAAACCUGAAAAUACGAGCCACCCCACAAUCGGAAGCAAGCCAAGGAGAUAACAUUAACAUGAUUACUGAUCAUGAGGCACAAGCAAGGCAAGAGAAUAAUAUGGAUCUUAUUAGUAGCAGCUACCCCAACUUGGAGGGGGACCAAUAUUGCUUGCCUGCGUUGAUGAACCAAGGAAGUGUAGGGUCUUGGGCAGAUAUAUUAGGAGAAGAAGGGUUAUAUAUGGGGCGCCUCUGGAACUUAGAUGAUGAGCAUGUAAACGGUCGAAACACAAGCUUAAGCCAGUGCAACAAAUCAGCAAUGCAGAAUCAAGCAGCAGUUACAGCUUUCUCUUCUGGAGGGGAUUACUCUAACACAUUCUAUAAUGGAGGCUACAUCUUCUAAGAAUCCAAGAGGGCUGAUUUAUUAUCUAUUAAUUGGUACCAGAUUAUUAUAUAUAUCCUAAUUAAUUAUUCCUAUGAAGUU